CCACCGCCACCACCACCACCCUCUCUCAUCAGGGAGAGUAUCAAGGUGGAGUCUGCCUCCAUGGGAGUGAAAAAGCCUAAACACUUUGUUCAUCAGCAGGAACAACAACAACAACAGGUCCCAAGAACACCGUCAGCCGUUACAUCCUUAGCAGCGCAGUGUCAGGGAUCUUACAGGUCUUGUGGUCAUAGGCAUAACUCUUCCAAACAGAGUAGUCUCCCCAAGCAGAAGUCACCACUGGCGAGUGCAAACGCUACUGCUACCUUGGAAGGUCCAGUCCAACGAAAGAAGGCCUCAAAGAAUGUGGAUCCACCAAAAGUGUUCCCCAUCGGCACCACUGGCAUAGGGGUAUCGGCAGCAGCGUCAACGGCAUCACUUCCACCUUGGCAACCACGGAAACCGUGGACAGUUACAGAGUCGCACUGUGAAGAGGAUUUGCGUCAAGCAUUGUCCUCUGUCGCCGUGGAGAAUGAAGUGGGAAGUGGUGGAUCGGGUGGUCAGCCUGGACCUCCAACCACGGCUUGGGCUGGGAUGUCGAAAUCUGGGGCUUCCGCCGUUCCACAUUUGGGUGACUUGGAAUUCCCGCCGUUGAGCUCAGCUGUUGGUCAGCACUCUGUCAAGCCGGCUUCAGGUGCUGGUGAUAGUGCGUUUGAUUUGUUGCCAAUGUGGUUAAUGUUAAUAAGGUGA